UUUCCGUCCCUUUAAACUUUUUCCUCUCCACAUACAUUUCCUUUUCUCUUUCGACAAACAAGACAUGCAAAGAAAGAGGGAGAAAAUUUAAUUGACAACCCAAAUUUAAUUUGCAGAACUUCUUCCCUUCCAUAAACCCUACGACGGCUCCCCUUUCCUCCCACCCCCACCCAACUUUACACUAUUUCUCCCUUCAGUAACCUCUAUAGUUCUAGAAGAAUUCUUCACGAAGAUCAAGGUUUGUUCGCAGAGAAUUAACUCCAGCUAAAGCCAAGCAACAAACAUCUACGUGGUGGUUUUCGAUAGAUUCAAGUGGUAAAUCAUUGGAUAGCGAUGACUUCUCAGGAGAACAGUGAAGGUAGUCAACAACCAGCUGCAACAGACAAGCAGUUGGAGAGUUACUCGUAUACUAAUUGGGCAGACAAGAUACAACAACAGUACCAGAAGAUCAAAGAGAAUGCAGAAACUUACCCCUAUGUUUGGGGUUCAUAUAUAGUUGUAUAUGGGGGAUUUGGUCUUUGGUUUGCCUAUAGAUGGCGAAAGCUCCGUAAAACAGAGAAUCGAGUUCGAGUCCUUCAAGAUAGACUCCGGAAACUUGUUGAUGCUGAAGCGUCAACAAGUUCCUCAUCUGCUGCCACUAACAAGGCGCCUCCAUCUUCUGAUAUAUCAACCAAAUAGAUGGGUUUUUUACCCAUGCAAGUGACUUCCCUUUUCGUUUAUACUGAAAUUGGGAGUAUUAGUAUUAUUUGGGGGCUAAAACUAAGUUAAAGUUGUCAAUGAAGCUGUAAGGAUAUCACUCCUUUGUGUGACAAUACGUGAUCACGAAGCCAAAGUUAGCAGUCAUAUGAGAAAAACAGUUCUUACUAAAAGUUAUGUACAUUUCUGAGGGUUAUAUUUUUAUCUUUUUUAUUUUUUUCCCGUGCUCUCUAGCUGAAUUUCGUGUUUAUGAAUUGUGAUAUGGUGAUCUAUUUGAAUAAUUUGUGCAA